GAGCAGUCACUGUCAGCGCCGUCUAUAUUCAUUUAAGAUAAAAAAAAGUCUAGCACUUCGUUAUUUAAAUCUAGGACUCAACAGCCAAUUUCAAAAUCAUUAUGAACUGCCUUCCACCGUUUGUCAAAGCAAGUUUGCACUAACUUCGCGAUGACCAGGGGACUUGCCCUACCGUACGAGGUUAUUCUGCUUGGUGCCGGGAGGCUAGACCUUCCUACUCUAUGUUCAUUUCUCAGAGCACUACCACAGGUCGCGACAUUACUUUCCCCAGUGUAUUUCUCAAUUAGGGAUGAGUCUGGGAACAGUAUACUCCAUAUACUAGCAGGCGAAGGGGAAUACAAGCUUCUGUUGCAAGCCUUGAAAUCCAGAGGCGCUUCCCCAGGCAUGAAGAAUGAAGACAUGGAUGCACCAUUUUCACUCGCGGUUUCUCGAGGAUAUCUCUUAGUUGUCCAAGCACUUCUACAUCGGAUUGACGUUGACGCAAAUUUUACAAACGACAUGGGCAAAACCUUACUACAUCUUGCUUCUCUAAGCGGCCAGGAGUCGAUACUCGAUCUGCUGACGCACUGGCCCGGAACAGAUAUCAACAAAAAGGAUAAACAUGGUCAAACUGCCGUGUCGCUUGCAGCGGAAAACGGUCAGGAGCGAUAAGUGGCAUUACUGGCGAGGAAGGCCGAUAUAUGCACAAGGGACGUUUGGGGGCAACUGGCGUUGCAUCACGCCGUAAAAAAUGGCCAUACGGAUGUCGUGGAGAUUUUACUUGAGCAAAAUGAUGUAGAUGUCAAUGCCCUUGAUGAUCGGCGGCAAACACCUCUCUGUUACGCAGCGCAGAAUGGGC